GUCGAGGCUAUGACCUUGUUCUCUGAUAACGUUUAUUGUUUGUGUCUACCACCGGUAGCUGUGGUGUCGAACCUAAAUUUUACACUUAUGACUAACGAGAUGGUAAUUGCUGAUAAGAGGUCACGUGAACCGGGUCAGAUACAGCCAGCAUGGCUAUGAAGGAACUGGCUAUGCGUCUUCAACCUCUUCCCCUGUACUUCAUCCUCAGCCUGACUGUCUGCCUGUUCUUCCUGGAAUUGGUGAUAGCUCACGUCACUCACUCGCUCACCCUGCUCUUGGACGCCUACCAUGCUCUCUGCAACAUCAUUGUGCUAGUCGGCAGUAUCAUCUCCAUCAAGCACGGCAGUGGGCGGUCAGACAGUCGGGCAUCAGUAGGGACAAACUCUCAUGAGGAGCUCAAGUCGCUGAAGUCUCUCUCUCACCAACCUCAGCUGUGCAGCACGAAGCCUGGACCUGAGCGUCAGCUGCGGAACACUUUUGGCUGGGCGCGAGUUGACGUGAUCGUGAUGCUGAUAGGAUGUGUGUUCCUUGCCUCUCUGUGCUUCUCUGUGCUGGUAGAAGCUCUACAGACUCUGGUCCACAUCUCACACCAUGACGAGAUGCACGCGCCCAUCCCCGUUCUCAUAGUCGGCAUCUUGGCCAUGGUCCUCAACCUGCUAGCCUACUUACUGAUCGGAGGGUACACGUUUCAUCAAAGUAGUUUCCUCAUCAACGGCAACGAGACGGCGACGAAAGUAUUUACGGAGGAAGAGAUAAAGAAGCAAGCUGUCGCUAAAAAGACUGAGAAAAGGCAAGGAAUGUGGGGGCUCAGUCGGGAUUGCGUAGGCUGCGUUGUGGUCAUCAUCUGUGCAAUUGUUGUGCACAAUAGCUCCAGUGACGUAGCCAAGUACGUGGAUCCUCUGUUCUCUAUCAUCUCGGCCACUCUGGUGCUGCUACUCAGUUACCCGUUCAUGAAGGAGUCUUGCCUGAUACUACUACAGACUAUCCCAGACCACAUCAACAUCGGUUCUUUGUGCAGUCAGCUGGUCUCUGCGUUCCCAGACAUCGUCAACGUCCACGAGCUCCAUGUCUGGCGUCUCACCGUGGAUAAGACCUACUGCACAGCGCACAUUAUCUUCCUUAACCCCAAGGAAUAUACGAGAAUCACGAAUGACAUCUCGCGCUUCUUUCUGGAUCAAGGAAUCACACACGUCACGAUUCAACCAGAAUUUUACAAGGACCUGAACAAAGCGGACCUGUUGUCGUCAAACUCUGAUUGUCUCGUGCAGUGUAAAGAGGAUCUGUGUAUGGAGAGACAUUGCUGUGCCAGUCGCUCUCCCAGCCUCGAGUCUGUCCAAGUCAACUGUCAAUCUCUGGACCUGAACAAAGCAGACCUGUUGUCGUCAAACUCUGAUUGUCUCGUGCAGUGUAACGAGGAUCUGUGUAUGGAGAGACAUUGCUGUGCCAGUCGCUCUCCCAGCCUCGAGUCUGUCCAAGACCUGAACAAAGCGGACCUGUUGUCGUCAAACUCUGAUUGUCUCGUGCAGUGUAAAGAGGAUCUGUGUAUGGAGAGACAUUGCUGUGCCAGUCGCUCUCCCAGCCUCGAGUCUGUCCAAGACCUGAACAAAGCAGACCUGUUGUCGUCAAACUCUGAUUGUCUCGUGCAGUGUAACGAGGAUCUGUGUAUGGAGAGACAUUGCUGUGCCAGUCGCUCUCCCAGCCUCGAGUCUGUCCAAGACCUGAACAAAGCAGACCUGUUGUCGUCAAACUCUGAUUGUCUCGUGCAGUGUAACGAGGAUCUGUGUAUGGAGAGACAUUGCUGUGCCAGUCGCUCUCCCAGCCUCGUGUCUGUCCAAGUCAACUCUCAAUCUCUGGACCUGAACAAAGCGGACCUGUUGUCGUCAAACUCUGAUUGUCUCGUGCAGUGUAACGAGGAUCUGUGUAUGGAGAGACAUUGCUGUGCCAGUCGCUCUCCCAGCCUCGUGUCUGUCCAAGUCAACUCUCAAUCUCUGGCACACAACUCUCAUAUUCGUUGUUGUUUAACAAACAUGAAGAUACUGGGUUGA